CUACAUUUUCUCUUUUUCUUCCUUUUCUUUUCUUCGUCACUGCCUUCCCUUUCUCUUUUUCACAUGAUCAGCAUUUCCUUUGCUCUCCCAAUCCUUCCAAAAUCACUUCUUAAUUUCACAGUUUAAAGUUGUUUUUAACUUCUUUUCUUUGGAAAAUACCGAAAUUUAGAAACCUGGAAGAUCUGGAGCCUUUACCGACUAUCACCGGCAACGGCCAGAUCCGGUACCGAACACCAUCCUCAGCCGAGCUCCUUGAGACUGGUUCAAACGGAGCCUCAAUAUCCCCGACUGGAAACGGCACCACGGAUCACCUCGAAAAGAUUAUGAAGAGUUCAAUGGCGAGGCACGAGUCCAUCUCCGACAAGAUCCACAAGUACCGAGGCAUUUUGCUGCUGAUCCCCAUCCCUAUCGUGCUUAUAACGUUCGUAUUGUACGUGAUGCCGGGGAAAUCCGCGUCGGAUGCGGCCGUGCUGGAGGAGGUCGAGAUAAAUAACAGGAAAUUAGGGGCGAAUUCAAGAGGGAAUAGGAAUUAUGCCGUGAUUUUCGAUGCGGGUAGUUCCGGUAGUCGAGUUCAUGUUUAUUGUUUUGAUCAGAAUUUGGAUCUCGUUCCAAUUGGCUCAGAAUUAGAGCUUUUUGAACAGCUCAAACCAGGUUUGAGCUACUAUGCAAACGACCCACAGGCUGCAGCAAAUUCAUUACGUCCUCUUCUUGACAAGGCACAAACUGUUGUGCCACUAGAUUUGCGACGAAAGACUCCUGUCAGAGUUGGGGCAACUGCUGGUCUAAGGGCAUUAGAAGGUGGUGCAUCUGAUAGAAUUUUGCAAGCGGUUAGGGAACUUCUGAAAGAUAGAAGCACCCUCAAAUUUGAGGCAAAUGGGGUCAGAAUUCUGGAUGGCUCUCAAGAAGGUUCUUAUGAGUGGGUGACAAUAAAUUACCUAUUAGGGAAUUUGGGAAGGACAUACGGAAACACAGUUGGCAUAGUUGAUCUUGGUGGUGGAUCUGUUCAAAUGGCAUAUGCCAUCUCUGAGAAUGCUGCUUCAAAGGCUCCAAGUCCACCAGCUGGAGAGGACAAUUAUGUAAAUGAAAUGUAUCUGAAGGGAUCAAAAUAUCACCUCUAUGUUCACAGUUAUUUGCACUAUGGCUUACUGGCAGCUCGAGCAGAAAUUUUGAAGGUCUCUGAAGAUUCUGGCAACCCUUGCAUCUUGGAGGGUUUUGAUGGUACUUACAAAUAUGGAGGAAAAGAAUAUAAAGCAUCAGCUCCUUCAUCGGGCACAAGCAUGGAAGAAUGCAGGAGGUUGGCUCUCAAGGCUCUUAAAGUAAAUGAUACAUGUAAACAUAUGAAGUGCACAUUUGGUGGUGUGUGGAACGGUGGAGGUGGAGACGGACAGAAGAAUCUAUUUGUUGCUUCAUUUUUCUUCGACAGGGCUGCCCAGGCUGGUUUUAUUAAAGCCACUGAUCCUAUCGCAAAAGUUCAGCCUCAUUCUUUUGGAGAUGCUGCUAAACGUGCUUGUGAAACCAAGUAUGCAGAUGCUAGAGCAACUUACGCAGAUUUGGAUGAAAGUAACCUGGCAUAUAUAUGCAUGGAUCUAGUUUACGAGUACACCCUGCUUGUUGAUGGAUUUGGCCUUGAUCCCUACCAAGAUAUUACAUUGGUGAAGCAAGUGAAAUACCGCAAUUCCCUUGUUGAAGCCGCUUGGCCAUUAGGCAGUGCCAUUGAGGCCGUAUCAUCAUGAAGUAAAAUUCCAACUCAUGCACAGCUUUAAUCACUCACCAGAAAUUUCUAUGGCUUGUGGUUCUUAAGUGUUGACACCCAUCUCUGUCCAGUCAACUAAA